AUGUCGGACCCAGUUCGCGGUGCAGCGUCCUCACCCGAUCCUACAGACCCCUCGGACCCGCUCACCUUCCGCAACCCCGUCCUCCGCGGCUUCAACCCGGACCCGACCAUCUGUGUUGUUCCGCCGAGCGGUGAUACCCCCGCGACGUAUUUUUUGAGCACCUCGACAUUCGAAUACUUCCCGGGGUGCGCAAUCUACACAUCGACAGACCUGCUCAACUGGAAGCUCAUCGGCCACGCGCUGAACAGGAGGAGCCAGAUCGAGCUCCGGACCGUCGAGCCCGGCGCAGGCAGCUGGGCCAGCACGUUGCGUUACCGUGCUGGGGAGAAAAGGUGGUAUCUUGCCAAUUGCCUCUUUCAGAGGUACAGGCCUGCGACUGAUGAACGCAUCUUCCCUCGAGGGUUUUAUGUGUUUACAGAUAAUAUUUGGGACGACAACGCCUGGUCUGAUCCGGUUUACUUUGACAACCCUGGCUUUGAUCAAGACCUAUUCUGGGAUGACGACGGCAAGGUGUACCUCUCAACAACCACAAGACUCUCGGACCGCGCCCCAGACUCCAAGCAGAAAGACUUCGCCAUCCACAUCAGCGAGAUCGACCUCCCCACAGGCCGGACCCUCACGCCGCCGGCCGUGAUCCGCAAGUCCCCGCACGGGAUCGCGGAGGGCUCGCACAUCAUCAAGCGCAACGGGUUUUACUACCUCUUCACCGCAGAGGGCGGCACCGAGGCGGGCCACCAGGAGUGGGUCUUCCGCAGCCGCGAGGGCGUGCUCGGUCCGUGGGAGGGCCAGGACGGGCCGCUGUGGUACAACGGCCCCGACGAGGAGGUCCAGAGGACCGGCCAUGCGGACGUCUUUGAAGACGGGCGGGGCGGCUGGUGGGCGGUUCUGCUCGGGGUGAGGCCGUUGAUGGAUGAGAAGAUGAAGAAAUGGCUGGAGCCGCAGCUGGGCCGAGAGACGUUCCUGGUGAAGGUAGAUUGGGUUGACGACUGGCCGGUCUUCAACGAAGGCAGGAAUAUCACCCUUCUGACACGAGGACGAGACUCACAAGCAGAGCGAGUUCGGCCAGCCGACGUGCCAUUGGAGUGGCAGGCGGAUCUCAAGGGACCCAACCUCGAACUCGGUUGGUACCAGAAGAACACACCGCUGAAGCAGCCAUACUCGCUCACCGAGAGGCCUGGUUACCUCCGGCUUUGGGGGAACUGCUAUGACCUUUCGAGUCCAGAGGCUCCCGCCAUGCUCCUUAGGAAGCAGACGUCUUACUUCCAGACAUUUGAAGUCACUAUGGAAUUCAACAUCCAGAGGUUAGGCUGUGAAGCUGGUCUUGUGCUAUGGUGGAGUCAAUUCUCGUACGCCACCAUCGGUGUCAUACGUGACGACAUCGAGGGAUAUCUCAGCCAGUGUGGCGACGGCCCCUAA